AUUUCAGAACGCUGCAUUACUUUAGCCGCUUUAGCCUGCUUUAGCGGCGGUUGCAUGACAGUUGAUUUACGGUACAACUUGGAAAUUUACUCCUCAUUCAUUCCAGUAAAAAGAUACAUCAUUAUUAACUCGGGCAAUUCGUUACACAGUGUCAAAAAAUGUUUCGAAACCAGUACGACAGUGACGUUACGGUAUGGAGCCCCCAAGGACGUUUACAUCAAGUAGAAUAUGCUAUGGAAGCAGUGAAGCUUGGUUCUGCCACUGUAGGACUCAAGAACAAGACACAUGCAGUUUUGAUAGCUCUUAAACGAGCAUCUUCAGAACUUUCUGCUCAUCAGAAGAAAAUUAUCCCUAUUGACAAACACAUGGGCAUUACAAUUGCUGGUUUGACCGCUGAUGCAAGAAUGUUGAGCCGUUAUAUGCGCACUGAAUGCUUGAAUUAUAAGUAUUCCCAUGACGAUGUGUUGCCCGUCAGCCGUUUAAUAGCAACCCUUGGCAACAAGAUGCAAACCUGUACCCAGAGAUAUGACAGACGUCCGUAUGGUGUAGGUCUCUUGGUUGGAGGAUACGAUGAUCAAGGGCCCCAUAUUUACCAGACGUGUCCGUCAGCAAAUUAUUACGACUGCAAAGCCAUGGCUAUAGGAGCUCGUUCUCAAAGUGCUCGAACCUACUUGGAGAAACAUCUCACCGAAUUUCUGGGUUGUACCUUGGAAGAACUGGUGAAACAUGGUUUGAGAGCAUUGCGCGAUACGUUACCGAACGAGAUGGAUUUGUCGACGAAGAACGUCUCAAUCGGCAUUGUUGGAAAAGGCACAGAAUUCACGGUUCUCGACGAGGCAGCAACGGCCGUUUACUUGUCGGAGAUUGGUGAAGACAAACGUGGUAGACCAGCAGGUCCGGACGUUCAACAGGACGACCAACCACCUCAAGGCCCUGACGCUCCCGAAGGACCGGCAGAUCCUCGGGUGUCUGUUGCCAUGGACACUGAGUGAAUAAAAAUGUAUUCCCAAUCGUUUGCCCACAUCCGUUGUAAUAAAAAAAGGAUUUUUCGCUUCUUGUAUACGAAAA